AGGUAUGUGUGUUUUCAUUUAUGCGGCUUUGGGAUCAGAUUUUUUUUCUCCUAACCUUUCCUUUUUAAAGAUAAAGUUGUUUUUCGUAUUCAAAUUUCUUAGUGAUUUUAUUUUUUAUACACUUAUAUAUCACGUUUUUGUCAGACGGGGUUCGGCGGUGAUUCCUCGAGUCGGCUGUUUUUCUCAGGCUUCGAGACAGUCGGCUGGGGGUGUCAUUCGCCGAGACCCGUCUGAGUCUCACACCUUAUUGGUGGCGUAGGGCUUGGGCCUAUUUCGAGCCACCCCGAGAUUGUGGACUUUACCCACCCAGAAUCUCGGGGUUGCUCGAUCUGGGGGUUUCUUGCCUUCCGUUCUUUACUUUGUGAAGAUUUUCUUUUUUUCUCACCUUUUUAUCUUGUACUGUACCAAAAUUUAUUUUUCUUCACAUUAAACAAAACGUGAUCCAAAUUUAUUUCAUAAUUUAUUAAAUACAGAAUUAUCCAAAACUUUAUCUUACAUAAAUACUACUAACAAACAUUGUAAACCCGGUUUCUAUUAUUUCUAUUCAUAAAAAUACACACGUCUUACUUAUUAAUUUUGAAUAAUAUUUUAUAUUGUGAUAAUUGUCAAAUAAAAUAUACAUAAUACAGUGAUAAAAGUGAUAUAGGACUAUAUAGAAAAAAAAAAAAAAAAAACAUACCCAUUGCCUUCAUUUCUUAUUCAUGUUUAUUUUGAGAUCUCUCAUGCAUGUUUGUUUUGUUCGCAAGAAUUCGCGUAGCUUAUGAUUGUGAACAUCAGGCAUGCAUGGGAGUGAUACGUGUUUUUAGUGAUAUGUGUUUUAAUGUAUAUAUUUUGUUAAGGUAUUCCGUUCAUGUUUGGUGUCUACAAUGGCACGCAUUGCGUGGCAUUGUGGACAACAAUCAUGCCCGGUAUGACGUGUGUUGUUAAUUGUUGUUUGUUGUUUAAAUUCAUAUAUAUAUGUAUAAAUAUUUGUUAAGUUUCUUUUAAAACCGGGUCCUACUGCUUUACAGUAGGAUUUUUAUUUGUAAAUAUACUGAAUAAAUUUAUGAAAAAGAAAAAAAGUGCCUCCAGGAAGAGACCCUUCCAUUGCACUUCGGUUGGGUUGAAGCCUGCGAUUACCCCUAAUGUGGGUUACUCGGGUACGCAAUUUAUUGGUGUGGGGACUGCGUUCGCGCUAUCCCUGAUUAAUAUCAUUUGUUAUCAUCAUAGAAAAAAUUAACGUGAUCUCUAACAAAAAAAUGUAGCAAGUGUUGUUUCCUGUUGAAUCUGUAAAAUUCUUUUUUUUUAUUUGUCUUAAACAAUAUUAUAUGAAGUUUGUUAUUAUUAAAGUAAAAAAAAUCUG